AUGACUUUAAAUACUAAUAACAUUAUAGAAACUGGUAAAGUUGGUGAUAAAUUAGUUGGUAUCUUAACCUCCCGUGAUAUUCAAUUCAUUGAAGAACAUGACGCAUUAGUUAAAGAUGUUAUGGUUACAGAUUUAAUCACUGGUAAUAAAGGUUUAACUUUAGAACAAGCUAAUGAAACCCUUAGAAAAUCUAAAAAGGGUAAAUUACCAAUUGUUGAUUCUGAAGGUAAUUUAAUUUCAUUAGUUUCAAGAACUGAUUUACAAAAAAAUUUAAAUUAUCCAAAUGCUUCAAAAUCUGCUACUUCAAAACAAUUAUUAUGUGGUGCUGCUAUUGGUACUUUAGAUUCUGAUAAAGAAAGAUUAUCAAAAUUAGUUGAAGCUGGUUUAGAUGUUGUUGUUUUGGAUUCUUCUCAAGGUAAUUCUAUUUUCCAAUUAAAUAUGAUUAAAUUCAUUAAAGAAACUUAUCCAGAUUUACAAGUUAUCGCAGGUAAUGUCGUUACAAGAGAACAAGCUGCUCAAUUAAUUCAAGCUGGUGCAGAUGCUUUAAGAAUUGGUAUGGGGUCCGGUUCUAUCUGUAUCACACAAGAAGUUAUGGCUUGUGGUAGACCUCAAGGUACCGCCGUUUAUAACGUUACACAAUUUGCUUCAAAAUUCGGUGUUCCAUGUAUUGCAGAUGGUGGUAUUGGUAAUAUUGGUCAUAUCACCAAGGCUAUUGCCCUUGGUGCUUCAUGUAUUAUGAUGGGUGGUAUGUUAGCUGGUACAACUGAAUCACCAGGUGAUUAUUUCUAUAGAGAUGGUAAACGUUUAAAAUCUUAUAGAGGUAUGGGUUCAAUUGAAGCUAUGCAACAAACUGAUGUUCAAGGUAAUGCAUCAACAUCAAGAUAUUUUAGUGAAUCUGAUAAAGUUUUCGUUGCUCAAGGUGUUUCUGGUUCUGUUGUUGAUAAAGGUUCUAUCAAGAAAUAUAUUCCUUAUUUAUUUAAUGGUUUACAACAUUCUUGUCAAGAUAUUGGUGUUAAAUCUGUUGAAGAAUUGAAAACUAAAACUAAUGAAGGUGAAGUUAGAUUUGAAUUUAGAUCUCCUUCUUCUCAAUUAGAAGGUGGUGUUCAUUCAUUACAUUCUUUUGAAAAACGUUUAUUUAAAUAA